UAUCCUUAUUACUGAAGACUGAAGGUCGUCCUAUCAAAAGCGCGGUCAGGUUGGAGAGUCUUUUCGUCCUCCUGGUAGUUCCUAUGGCACUUAAUGGAGUCAAAUUCUUGCGCCUUCCAAUUUACCUAAGAUACAGGUUAUACGGUACGGAAAGUGCAGCAACAGUAACCCACACUGGCCAGACGUUUUCGCUAAAUGACCCAUCAGUUGCACGAUUUACUAUCGGUGAUAAGUUGGUCAAUAAGCAAUUCGCAGAAAAGCUGAUAGCAGAGGUCCCUCCGAUCGCUUGCAAAGAAAAUAUAACUAGUUGUGACGGUGGUGGUGGUGCACUUGGUCAUCCUAAAGUAUACAUCAACUUGGACCAACCAGGUAAUCAUGCUUGCGGAUACUGUGGUUUGCGAUUUUACCUAGACAAAAAAAGCCACUGAAACAUAUGGCAACCAUGAUUUAGAAGAGAAAAAAUAUCCUAUUAUGUGUGUGUUGGUGAAUGUCCUUGUGCUUUUGGAAGCUUGUGAAGUGUUACUGAAAAUAGCUUACAAUCAUAUACAGUAUGUUGUUCUUUACUAUGGUUUUUUGGCCAAGCAGUCGGAAGUACUGUUUACUUUUACAAAAUGGUGUGUCUGAAAGACAUCGCCAACUGCUGUAAAGAUAAUGGACAUGGCACAUAUAAUCUGUAUGAUGCCUUUAACUCAUACAUUAAUCAUAGUAUCGUAGGUGAACGUUACUAAUCUAAUACUUUAAAAUAUAUCCUUCGUAUUUGUGUAGUUUAGCUCAUCGUUGCAUAUUUUGAAGACGUCAUGAAAAAUAGCUUAGCUCUUGCCGUGGAUGAAUGGUAAAAAUAGGGUAUUAAAACAAUGGAUUAAAUAUGGUCGUAAGACUCUAUAAUGCUACCAUGAAGAAAGUUCAAAGGAUAUGCCAAGUUAUUUAAGUCUUUCAAUCAAUCUUGUACGUUAAUUUAGGGGAUCUAAAAGCUAUCAUGUAUGUUGUCUGUAUUAGGAUAAUUUUUUUGUAGACUUAUGCGACCUCAGAAAGCUACAUUUGUACUGCAACUCAUUUCGUCACUUGCAUUACUUAAUGAUUAGGUUAGUUACGGUGAACGCUAAAGUCAGAGAGUAGAGAAAAGUGUAUUUGUUCUUAAGAAGCAUAUUAGUCUACGUGCAACAGGAAGAAGAUUGUUCACAAAUUCACGUAAAAAGACGGAAUGGUAAAUGUCUUUACUAGUCGAAUUUACAAAUUUCAAAUUAUUUACCUAACAACGUUGCCAAAUUUAUGAAGAUGUAGAUGUAGCAAGUCCGAACUACCGCUGUAGUUACGCGUCGUACAGCUAGGGUUGAGUAUGCAGUCACGUCGAACUGUCUAUCCAUAGCAUAUGCGACAGCUAAACGAUCAAAAUAACAUUUGGUGAUUCCAGCUGAACUAUAUACCUCGCUAAAAAUGCAACCUGCGCAUAGAAAAAGGAUGGGACGACUAGCUUGUCGGUAGUUUUGUCACAUCAAAUUAUACUGCAAACAUGUUCAAAUCCACCUACAGCUCAGGCAAUUACUUCUUGCCAUGGUAUUUAAGAUAAAAGCUAGUCAUUUAAACACCUGAUUCAUCGGUUGCUUCGAUGAACCUAGUUUUUCGAGAACGAGUUCACCAUGUCUUACAAAUAUCAUCCAUCUCCAAUUUCCACAAAACCACCGAUGAAUUGUAUUUAAGUGACCAUAUAAGUGUUUCGCCACUUGCUUCUAUCAAGUGGGAUUCUCCAGUCAAAAAUAUUGUCGAAUAGAGUUCCAAAGUUUACUAUCCGUACAUGACAAUUAAUCAAUCUAUG